AUGGGUGCUCGAAAGAAAGAAGCCGCCCGCCGUGAGCGGCAGGGCCAGUCGACAGACGGAAUGGCAAACGUCAAGGUCAAGGGCGAGAACUUCUAUCGCAAUGCCAAGAAGCUCAAAACUCUGAAUAUGCUAAAAGAUGGCAAGGCGCAGCGGAAUGCCGAAGGCAAGAUCACGAAAGCCGCCUCCUACCAGUCCCGCGAGGUCCCCACGGCCAGAGUCGAGCCGAAUCGCAAGUGGUUUGGAAACACGAGAGUCAUAUCCCAGGAUGCACUCAACUCUUUCAGACAAGCUGUGGCAGAGCGGGCAGCGGACCCAUACCAAGUCCUUCUGAAGACGAACAAGCUACCGAUGAGUUUGAUUCGGGACGCGGAGAAUACCAAGAAUGGGAUCAAACAACACCAGGCAAAGAUUGCGGUGGAGUCUACUCCGUUCGCCGAUACCUUCGGUCCCAAGUCGCAGCGGAAGCGUGUCAAACUAAGUGCAAGCUCUGUGGCGGACCUGGCGGACGAGUCGGUGAAAAUGCACGACAACUACCUCGAGAGGCUGGAAGAGAACAAACUGCUGAGCGGACAAACUGCAGAACAAAUGCAAGGACAAGAAGACGGCGAGCUAACCAGUGCCCGCGAACCCAUCUUCUCGAAAGGCCAAAGCAAAAGGAUCUGGAACGAGUUGUACAAGGUCAUUGACUCGUCCGAUGUUGUUAUUCACGUGUUGGACGCUCGAGAUCCCGAGGGCACAAGAUGUCGGAGCGUGGAAAAGUAUAUCCGAGAAGAGGCACCUCACAAGCACUUGGUGUUCGUACUCAACAAGUGCGAUCUGGUGCCGACAAGUAUAGCGGCUCAAUGGACCAGACUGCUCUCCAAAGAAUAUCCCACCCUGGCUUUCCACGCGUCGAUGACGAAUUCUUUUGGGAAAGGGUCGCUCAUCACGCUCCUUCGACAAUUCUCCACGCUGCAUUCGUCGAGAAAACAGAUCUCGGUAGGUUUCAUCGGGUAUCCAAACACCGGUAAAUCCUCGAUCAUCAACACACUACGAAAGAAGCGAGUUUGCACUGUCGCCCCAAUUCCUGGCGAGACCAAGGUUUGGCAAUACAUCACAUUAAUGAAGAGAAUUUAUUUGAUCGAUUGUCCUGGUGUUGUCCCUCCUAGCCAAGGCGAUUCCGAAGAAGACAUCCUACUACGUGGAGUGGUGCGUGUGGAGAAUGUCGAGCAUCCCGCACAAUAUGUUGAGGCUGUUUUGCGGCGAACAAAGACUCGCCAUAUCGAGCGGACCUACGAGAUCAAAGCUGCGGAUUACAAUGAUGAUCCGAUAGAAUUUCUCAGCAUUCUGGCGAGAAAGGGUGGCAGGCUGUUAAAAGGUGGCGAGCCUGAUGUAGACGGCGUUGCCAAGAUGGUUCUGAACGAUUUCCUGCGUGGGAAGAUUCCCUGGUUCACGCCACCACCGAAGAAAGAGGGAGCUGACGGAACCGACGACGAUCCGUCAACAGAAGUAAUUGAAGGGAGAGAAGGCCGGCUGGGCGAGAUGCCUGGCAAAAGAAAGGCUGACCAACUUGCAACAGUUGAUCAGAAUUCACUGGAGUCAGAUGCCGAACAGGACUCGUCGUCCAGUGCUGACGAGGAAGAGGAAGAGGAAGCGAACAGAAGUGAAGAACCAGUUGAUGAUGAUUUUGCAAAGUUUGACGAUGAUGACGAUUUGAGCGGUAGUGAGAGUUCUGGCAACGAAGAAGGGGGCACUCAGCUAUGA